AGACCCCCUAUCUCGGCCCGAGGCGGCCGCCAGGAUCGCCGCAGGAUCGCCGCAGGCCGAGCGCGCGCGGGGGCGCCAGAGGCCCAGCCAUGUCCGCCUCCCUGAGGUCUCGCCCGCAGAGCGCCGCGGGGACGCCGAGCUCCCCGAGGUCCCACCCGACCACCGCGGAGGCCCCGAGCUCCCCGAGAUCCCGCCCGUGGACUUCUGCGGGGUCCCGCGGGAGGAAAAGGGGCUCUCCAAGAUCCCGUCCGUGGACAACUGCGGCACGCUCACGCCGAGGAGCCGCUGCCACGGGGUGGACGUCGGCCAGAGACGCCCCCGAGCCCCACGACCCGCUGGCGGGCGCCUCCGGCGAGCAGCUGCGGGCCGCCGUGCGCUGCGCCGUGCGCCUGGAGCUGGUGGCGUUCUUCGGGGAGCAGGCGGCGCGGAUGGGCGGCCCGCAGCGGCCCUCCGUGGCCCCGGACUUCGUGCAGAGCCAGACGGUUUGGGACGAGCUAACCGACGACGGGAGCGGCGACGCCAGCAAGAGCCUCCACGCUCAGCACUUUACAAAGUUCACGCAGGCAGACCACAAGGUGCACGGACUUAGCCAUGGUUCCACCUACAGCGACCUCGGUCAGUCUCAACCGAUCUGUCAGCCCAAUUUGUCCAGCCAGGGGGCAACGCUGACGGCAGCCGCCAGCUUCGCGAAACGACUGUGGUUAAAGGACGAGCCUGAGCGUAGCGGCCCUUUAGCAGCAUUGGUGCGUUCUCGCUUCUUCGAAAGGACGAUCCAGGCUGUCAUCCUGACUAACUGCCUGGUCAUGGGCCUGUCGGCCAACUACGAGAUGAACCACGCGCCUACGUUUUCGGAUGAGGAUUUCGGCCACAACAUCUUCACGACCCUCGACAUCAUAUUCCAGGUGUUCUACACUCUCGAGCUGAUCUUGAAGCUAGCCGUGCACCGCGAGUUCUUCUUCUGGAACCAGGAUGCCGGUUUGAACACGUUUGAUUUGUUCUUGGUGAUUAGCGGCUACGUCGAUCUGCUGUUCGCCAACGGUGGAGGGGGAUCGACCGCCUUGCGCGCCGUGCGCGUCCUCAAGCUCGGGAAGGCCCUGCGCGCCCUGAAGGUGGUCAAGGGGUUCCGCAUACUGCGGGCUAUCCUCGUCUGCAUCCAGGCGUCGUUCGUGACCCUCUUGUGGAGCGUUAUCAUGCUCUGCUUGGUGUUCUACGUAUUUUCCCUAAUAUUCGUCCAGCAGGCCGCCUCACGGCUGGAGGAUAUCGGCGAUCGUGACGAUCCAGUCUCUAUAGUAAUCCUCGACAAUUUCAAGAGCGUGCAGACGUCGAUGGUGACGCUCGCUAAGGCCGCCUUCGGCGGGGAAGAUUGGGGCGUGGCCCUCGAUGUCGUCGCAGAAUGUGGGUUCAUGUCCGCCCUCUUCUACAUGCUUUUCAUACCCCUUCUCGCAGAUCGCGUUGAUCAACAUCAUUACAGGCAUAUUCGUCGAGAGCGCAAUGCAGAGUUUGGCCCCGAACAGAGAACAAUUGGCCACACAAUUAGACGUUGAGGAGAAGGGGUACGCAAAGGAGCUGGAGAUGCUGUGCAUUUCCGUGGAUGCCGAUAAGAGCGGUUGUCUCACGAAGGAACAGUUCAACAAUGGGAUCAAAGAGGGCCGCAUACCUUUGCUCUUGCACUUGUUGGGUCUCAGCCGGACGAACGUUGAGAACUUCUUCCAAGUUCUCUGCGAUGCGUCUCCGGACAACCAGGUCGACAUCAAGAGUUUCGUCCGUGGGUGCAUGAGGUUGAAGGGCGCUGCGACCAGCUUCGACCUCCAGACGAUGAUGCUAGACUUAAAGAAGAUUGAGGGACGCAUCUCGAGAGAGUUUCGCUGUAUGAGCAACAGGAUAGUCGCAGUCGAGAGAUGCAUGCGCCCAUCGCAGACCGAUGAUGUUCUGGAUCCGACCUGAUUGACUACAACUGCGGUCUCUGUGUCCUGGCUGUGACCUGCACGCUCGCGCGCGAUGGUUCUUAAUAGAGAGAGAGAGAGAGAUUCAUCCGCAAGCCCCAGAUCAGGUAUAAGCGCCUCUCACGGGAAGUUCUGCCACGCGCGGUUUUGCCAUUUGUCUUAUGUUCUGCUUUUUGUGGAGCAGAGGCGCCCUCUGGGGGGGAAUGGCAGCUGUUGUUGAACUAAUCGCGCGGUGUCCGCUGCCAGUCUCUCCACACCCUACUUGAUGGGGAUGUACAUACCCUAUACUUUUUCCAUGCUAGCAGGGAUUGAAUUUGGAGUGCCUUCCAUGAUCAUCCAUCUUCUGUCUUUCGCUGCCUGUAAAUGCUUGUCUUCGAAGGCGUCGCAGUAAGUGCUGUGCGCCAGGCGUGUGAAGCCAGCAGGCCCAAUACAAUAUGCAGUUUCAGUAUUGGGUUCUCCUCCUCGUAUCUAACAUGCCUGUGGCAAUCUCCGCCACCGUGCAGUACUCAGUGUGGUGACGCGUCCAGCACUGCCGAGAAGGCUGCAAAGUGCAACGCUAGUCUUCUCCUGAACCCAGAGGGCCAGCAUAAGUGGCAUGCUCUGCCGCAGGUUCGAGAACCGGUGGCAUGUGAUAGGUGUCUUCCCCAGAGUCCUGAGAGCUGUUGUAGAUGGAGCUGUUGAAGAUGUGCGCGGGCGGAAUUGUCGGCAAAGUUUCAACUCCUUCAGGAUGUGGCGGAUGGCGUUUCGGGAGGACGUCACGUGACGUCAGUUUCGGCCAGAUCCGACGCCCCAGAGGUGCUAGACACCCUCGACCCGUUUUCGCCCAGACUCUUUGCCUCACGCCAGCAGACAGGAGUCUCAGGGAGUACGAGUGAGCUUUUCCGCCAUUAGAUCUCGACGCCGACACGGCCCUGGAGUGGACGGCACGCCAGCGGCAUCGGAGCUCACGCCAUUUCUCAUCGAGCCUCUUCGGGCAGGACGGGGGAUCGUCGCAGGAAGAAGAGGCACGGCGGUGCGCUAUCUUGAAGGGAUCUCGCCACACUUGCUGUGGACCGAGUCUUCCGCCAUCCUCGCGCCCUGUGCGAGCGCCACCUAUCGGCAGCGCGCCCCGUGGCGCUUCCCUCUCGCUUUCCCCUCCCUCUGCCCUCCAACCCCUUGUGGCCCUGCCUCACUCCCACUGGAAGCCCCCGGACUUCCUCGCGGUGUCCAGAAGUCACGAGGGAAGGUUGAGGGCUGUGGACCCACUUUUUUGUACCUGGGCCAGCGGCCCAUGCUCAAAGUAGGGCCCGAAACCUUCGCACACGCUGCGGAAUAUCGCGCGACGUGGGAGGGCAUGGGCCGCGCGACCACAUGUAAGCGCGCAUCGUGCAUUUGAGCGAUGAUGAGUACAUGGCCAUGGAUGGGCCACGGGUCAACAAAAAACAGUUCGUCGGAGGCAGGGGGAGGAAGCACAGGCGGAG